AUGGCUUCCGACUUUACAGCAAUCGCCAACCAGGCCGAGGCCGACCUCAACACCUACCAGUCCAAGACGGGCGCCGCACGAUCCCAAGGUCUGGAUGAGGCUGGUGUAAACUCCAUGGCCGAGAAGAAGUUUGAGGGCCGCGGUGCUCAGGUCAACUACGGCGAUGAGCUCAGCACCAGCGGCAGUUUCAACAAGCGCAUCCCUCCUAGUGAAGGUGGCGUGCUAGACGACAGAGGAAGACAAUCCAAAGGCGAGCAGUUUGACGACACGGAAAGGUCGCUGGACAAGCUCAAUCAACCUUCCAAACACACGGCCACCAAUGACAAUGACGUUGUCCCGGACGCCGGAGUUUCGCCCGUGAGUGGCCGUGGCGGUCAGGACGACAUUGCCACCAAGGGCCAAAAGGCCCAAGUCUCCAACGUUGGCACGAAUCCGCCGGGACCUGGGGGAAGUAUCUACAAGGGCAGGCAGCACGACCCGGAGAGCGUUCCGGAUCGCAAUUCGGCGCAGGGUUACAUUCAGCCGGAGAGUGCGGUGGAGGCUGGUCGGGAGACGAGGCAGUAA